AUGGCGGUCGACGAAAGCAGCCAGACCAAUGGCGUCGCCGAGCCCACCGCGGGGCAGCUGGGCGCGCACCAAGUCAAGCAGACCCGCUGGACGGUCCAGAGCGUCCUCGCAGACAUCGAACACGGCUACCCCGAGAGCACCGACUCGCCCGUCCCCUUCUUCCACCUGCUCGAGCGCCUCAAGACCACCAAGCGCGCAGGCUGGCGCCGCUUCGGCAUCGACGGCUGUGAGAGCAUCUCGGACCACAUGUACCGCAUGAGCAUCCUCACCAUGAUGGCUCCGCAGUCGAUCAGCGCCAAGCUGGACAUGCUGAGGUGCUGUCGCAUGGCCCUGAUCCACGACAUGGCCGAGUCGCUCGUCGGCGACAUCACCCCCGUCGACCCCGUGUCCAAGGAGGAGAAGAGCCGUCGCGAGUCAGAGACGAUGGACUACAUCUGCACCAACCUGCUCGGCAAGUUCAACGGCGGCCUCAACGGCCAGGACGUGCGCCAGAUCUGGCAGGAGUACGAGGACAGCGAGACAGCAGAGAGCCUGUUCGUGCACGACAUCGACAAGAUGGAGCUGCUGCUGCAGAUGCUCGAGUACGAGCGGAGCCAAAAGUGCGAGACGGAUCUGGGCGAGUUCACGUGGGUCUCGCAGAAGAUCCAGAGCCCAGAGAUCCAGGCCUGGGCUGCCGCCGUCUUCCGCGAGAGGCAGGCGCUGUGGAAGAAGGCCGGCAAGACGUGCAGCUGGCGCGCCGACACGGAGCCCAAGGACGCGGCGUAG